UUAAUCAUGGCCAUGUGUCGCGGCGGUAACAAGGCAAUCUGUGCAGCAGCGUAUGGGCUUCGAGUUGCGUCUGGAUCAGACUGCCUUGAUCUCUACAUGAUGGGAGAUAUUGAAAUUGAUGAUAUGACUAGAUGUAUUAUUCAUAACAACGAACUUCAUGAUUGUUGGACAUACGAACAGCUUGGACACCUCACACGAAUUAUGGAAACACGCGAGUAUCUUUUCGACUACCAGUACAACAUGAUACAAAUAAUAAAAUCAAUCGAGAAAAAAGUUGAUGAGUACAACUACUUCAAAAUGAUCAGUAGCCAGCCUCAAUUAGCAAGUCCAGAUAUGAGCCAAUCACCUCCACUACUGGAAACGUCCACAGAUAAUUCUGAUAACAUAACUUCAUCAGAAAAGACGGUGGAACUCGAGAUUAUUCAUGAUUCACACGUCGAACUUCCAUCUGUUGACCAGAUAGUCGGAAAUGUAGACAGACAAAGCAAAGGAAAAACACCUCGGCAAUCGCGAAAUUGACACAGCAGUUAGAAUUGGAACAUGGUUAAAAUCUAUGAUAUCUAUAUUCAGUUUUACAUGAAUUUUUUGCCAGUAUUUGUUGUACAUCCUGGCACUCUAUCAAAGUUCUAUCAAUAUUCAUUUAAUUUUUGCAUUCAAUAAAAACAUUAUCUGCU